AUGGCGUCUCACAGGAGUGUAAACGAGCUUAAAACCGCCGAGAAGGGCCAGACAGAUGUCAGCUCAUUUCACUCCACAGACUGCAACGGAUGUGCGUUAAAGAAAGGAGCCAGCCAGACUGUCGUCGGCCUCAUAUUCGGCUGCUACGCCGUGUGCAAUCUAAUCGGAUCUUUGAUACUGGGGAGAUAUAUUGUUCAAAUUGGUGCAAAGUUUAUGCUUGUUGCAGGACUGUUUGUGUCGGCAGGUUGCACCAUCAUGUUUGGAUUACUCGAUCGGGUUCCCUCAGGACCCGCGUUCAUCACUCUGUGCUUCAUCGUGAGGUCCGUCGACGCUGUGGGCUUCGCUGGUGCGAUGAUCUCCUCUUUUGCCUUGACAGCAAAAAUAUUCCCAGACAGAGUGGCAACUGUUUUGGGUAGUUUAGAGAUUUUCACCGGACUCGGUCUUAUACUGGGGCCACCGGUGGGAGGAUGGUUCUACCAGUCUUUUGGAUACGAAGUUCCUUUUAUGCUUCUUGGAUGUUUGCUGCUCCUCAUGGUUCCGUUCAACAUUUACGUCCUGCCGAACAUUGAGGCAGACGCGUCCAAGGAUUCAUUCUUUACGCUUCUCAGCCACGUAAAAGUGAUCCUGAUCUGCUACGCGAUAUUCACCCUCAGCGCCGGUCUGGGCUUCCUGGAUGCCACGUUUUCGCUGUUUGUAAUCAACAAGUUUCACCUCACGCCUGGCUACGUUGGAAUCAUCAUGCUCGGUUUGUCGUUACCAUACUGUCUGGCAACGCCGCUGAUGGGAUAUUUCACGGAUAAAUAUCCCAGUGUAAGGAUGCCGUUCAUGGUGGUAGGAGGCCUCAUCACAGCGAUUGGGUUCUGGCUGCUCGGUCCGAUCCCCGUACUUAACAUCUCCGGUCCGCUGUGGUUGCUGGUCCUCAUGCUUGGUCUAAUUGGGUUUUCUCUGGGCUUGACUGCAAUCCCCAUGUUCCCCGAGAUCAUCACAUGUGCAUAUGAGAAAGGAUUUGAAGAGGGGCUGAGCACUCUAGGAAUGGUUUCUGGGCUGUUUAAUGCAAUUUGGUCACUGGGGAUGUUCUAUGGCCCAACAGUGGGUGGUCUUAUCACGCAACACCUGAGCUUCGAGUGGGCAGCUACAGUCCAAGGAGGCUUGGCGUUUUUGGCGGCCUUCUUCAUCGUUGUGUAUUCUUUCUGCCAUAAGCCGCAACAACAAAGGGCUGGAGAAGACAGAGGACCAACAGAUGAAAGCACUCCGCUCCUGAAUGAAUGAAUGAAUGAAUGAAUGAAUGAAUGAAUGAAUGAAUGAAGGAAGCCUCAGCUACACAUGGAAGAAGGUUUUACCGAACAAAAUGUGAUCUUAGUGUUUAGCUACUUGUUGGAAACACAAGUUACUUUGUCAUAAAUUGCUUUUUAACACUUUUAAAUUAUAUUUUUUGCGUUCCAGAGAUUGUAUUGAUUUACUUGGGCGAUUACAAAAAACAUGUUUUUCAUGAACUUGCAGUAAAAUUAUUUAUGAAAGGUUUAAAAAAAAAAAAAGUGUUUUUAUUAGGUACUGCCUAGACCUACAUACUGUGGAGUAACUUGUGAAUAGAGUCAACCACUGUACACUGUAGACAUUUACAAACUAAUCCAGAUCACAGACUGAAUGUGUCCUUUGUUCUGAAGCUCUUCUGUAUUAAUCAUUUUUAUUAUCUACGUAACGUGACUUAGAUUUCGUUCCGAGGUGAACUGUGUCAGAAUCUGCUGGCCGCAUUCAUAAAAACAUAAAGUAACGAAAACACGCUACUUGAACAUUGUCUAAGAGGAGAUACAUAACGCAAGUGUUAGUAAACCUCACCUAACGGGGAGGAUAAUUCAGAUUUCACUGACGUUAGGGAUGUAUAUGUGUUGUAUGUUCUGUAAUGUGCCUUUUCUGAAUGCAGAAAUGUUUAAUAUUUCAAAGAGAUUUCAAAGAAAAUAUUAAAUACGUAAUUUAAAAAAAAAA